ACAGAGAAAUGAGAAGUAUCACCGGCACAACAAGUUGUACGAACGUGAAGGAUCUACCACCAUGUGGUGCACAGUACUGCUGGGAUGCACUUUGAGAAGGUGAGCAGGGCCCUGGUUGCACCGCACUUGAAAUUUGAAAGCCAGAGCACGAGAUUCAUCGCUUUGCUCGAAUGCGGAGUUCCAAAUUGAACUGUCUUCAACGAUCAUCAUCAUGAUCGUAGCACUUCCACUUCGAAUUCGUUCCUUGAGACAAACGCAUUGCAAAAUGCAAAUGAUAUCGCGCGCUUUUUCUGUCACAUCAGGGAUAGCCACAGGAUGUCCGGAGUCAAGACCGCUAUGAAGACGAAGGAUUCAGUAACUUCUACAACUAUACGCUCCAUUCUCUCGGAAGUCUAUGCUGCCGACAAGUCAGCUGGUUCACCCGUGUCAUCCUCCGCUAUAACCGCGAUCCUACGAAAAGGCACCUUACGACGUCGUGAUUCAGCCAUUCAGUUCAUCAGUGCUUCCAGACCGGACUUGGCUCAAAAAGAACAUCGCGAGGCAGACAUUCUCGCGGCUUUCUUGCCCCCUUUGAUGUCGGACGUGGAUAUCGACCGUAUUCUCAACGAGGUGAUCGCUGAAACAACACUCGAUGGGGAUUCACGCAAAAUCCUUGGGCAAGUAUACAAAAUCUUCUACUCUAGGGUAGAUAAAUCAAAUGUGGACGCCAACACUGUGAAGCGUAAGGCUGAAGCACUCCUGUUGAACAUUUGAAUAAGUAUCAAUUAAUUUAAAUCAAGUAUACAAUUUUCCAUAGU